AUGUCGUACGAAGAGCGCGCCAAUGCGCACCCUAACCUGGGCGACGAGUCCGAUGUUGAGGAGGAAGCACUCGUCAACGAUUACCGCGAGCAGGUCAACUUCGACGAUGGCAUGAGCGAACUGGACCGAACCACAUCCCUUGGAGCUGGAUCUCAGACGCAAGAUCUCCAGGCACAGCUCGCCGCUGCUGCGACCCCGCUUGAAUACCAGGCCACACUGGAGACCAAGUUUGCAAGCUAUGACAACUACUGCAGCCUUUUCCACUACAUCCUCAACUCGGAUGGCCCUGUUGAACUGGAGGUCCCUUCUUACUACUGGGCUUGGGAUGUGAUCGAUGAAUUUAUCUACCAGUUCGAAUCGUUCUGCCGUUACCGCAACCGUGUCGCUCGUAGCGGCUCUAACGAGGAAGAGGCCCAGCUUUUGCGUGAGAACCCAAAUACCUGGGGUUGCUACUCCGUGCUCAACGUUCUUUACUCCCUUAUCCAGAGAGGACCCCAUGCAUUCGCCGGGGAGUAUGGCUCUCGUCCCCUGUACAAGAUGCUCGGAUACUUCUCGAUCAUCGGACUUCUGCGUGUCCACUGCUUGCUGGGUGACUUCAGCCUUGCCCUCAAGACCCUUGACGACAUCGAAAUGAACAAGAAGGCUAUGUUCGCUCGUGUCAUGGCAGCUCACUUCACCACCUACUACUAUGUGGGUUUCUCCUACAUGAUGAUGCGCCGUUACGGUGAUGCCAUCCGCAUGUUCAGCCACAUCCUGGUCUACGUCUCCCGGACCAAGAACUUCCAAAAGGGUGGCAACAGCUACGACGCUAUUGCCAAGAAGAACGACCAGAUGUAUGCUCUCAUUGCUAUCUGUGUUGCCCUUCACCCCACCCGUCUCGACGACACCAUCCACUCCGCUCUCCGCGAGAAGUACGGCGAGCAGCUCCACCGUCUCCAGCACGGUGGCCCCGAGGCCCUCCCCCUGUUUGAGGAGCUCUUCCGUUCCGCUUGCCCCAAGUUCAUCAGCCCCACUCCCCCCGACUUCGACAACCCAUCUGUCAACGUCGACCCCGUCGAUCACCACACGGCUAUCUUCAUGGAUGAGGUCAAGAACACGCUGUACAACCCUACCAUCCGUUCUUACCUGAAGCUGUACACCACGAUGGACCUGCAGAAGCUGGCCGGCUUCCUGGAAGUCGAGCCCGAGAAGCUCCGCUCCUGGCUGUUGGUGAACAAGCAGCGCAGCCGUCAGGUCCGCUGGGUGGAGGGCGGUUUGCUGGAGGGUGAGCCCGUCGCCGCCAACGACCUGGACUACGCUCUGGAGAAUGACCUGAUCCACGUCAGCGAGACCAAGGCCGGCCGUCGCCUGGUGGACUGGUACCUCCGGAACCUCGCCCGCGUCUACUAA